AUGUGGACUUUGACUGCUUUUGUUGCAUUUAGUUCUAUGCAUAGUUUAGGAUUGCCUGAUUUUCCUCCUCACCAGAUGCAAUGGCAUAGCUCCCAUAUAAAUCGGUGAAUGAAAAGCAUGCUAUUCUGGUAAUAUAGGUUCAAGUUAUGUUUCUGAUUAAGUUACUUACAGUAGUUAUUGCAUGAGUGGCUGAAGUUGAACCAUCAACAUUAGACAGUUCUACAUUGCCUUCAUAUGUGCUUUCAAGAUUUGGAGGGACAUGCUAUAACUAUGUGCAUAAUUCAACAGACCCAUCAAUAACAAUCAUGGUAUACCUCCUACUUAAAGAUCUGUUACAUGAUAAAUCCCAAGUGAUACAUUUCAUUUGGCCAAAGGCCCAGCUUAUAUCUUGUGGAUAUGUUCACAGCUACAGAAAAUUUCCCUUUAAACAGUACUGGGAUGAGACUAAAUAACUUUUGGGCCAACUAGUGUAUCCACUAGUUUACAUGAUUUUCAUAAGUGCCAUUGAAGUUUGAACUGCUUGGCAUAUUGGUUUGGGAGAAGUUCCUGCUCUAAGGGGAGUAGUAGUAUAAAAGCUGCGUUUCAAUGGCUGAGAAGGAUGGCAACCUUGAAAUGAUCAAUAAAGAAGCUGUUGAUUUGGAAAACAUACCCAUUGAGGAGGUGUUUGAAAAUCUCAGAUGUACCAGGGCAGGUUUGACCUCCAACGAAGUGGACGAGCGGUUGAAGAUAUUUGGAUUCAACAAGCUCGAAGAAAAGAAGGAAAGUAAGAUUCUGAAAUUUUUGGGCUUCAUGUGGAAUCCCUUAUCAUGGGUUAUGGAAGCUGCAGCAAUUAUGGCCAUUGCCUUGGCAAAUGGAGGAGGGAAGCCUCCUGAUUGGCAAGAUUUUGUUGGUAUCAUAACAUUGCUCGUCAUCAACUCCACUAUAAGUUUUAUUGAAGAGAAUAAUGCUGGCAAUGCAGCUGCAUCAUUAAUGGCCCGGUUGGCUCCAAAAGCAAAGGUUCUAAGAGAUGGUCGUUGGAGUGAAGAAGAUGCUGCCUGCCUGGUUCCUGGAGACAUAGUUAGCAUUAAACUUGGAGAUAUCGUUCCUGCAGACGCUCGACUGCUUGAAGGAGACCCUUUAAAGAUUGACCAGUCUGCACUAACUGGAGAAUCACUGCCCGUGACCAAGAAUCCUGGCGACGGGGUUUAUUCAGGAUCAACUUGCAAGCAAGGUGAAAUUGAAGCUGUGAUUAUAGCUACCGGUGUUCACACCUUUUUUGGUAAAGCUGCCCAUCUUGUAGACACUACAAAUAAUGUGGGACAUUUUCAAAAGGUUUUGACCGCAAUUGGAAAUUUUUGCAUCUGUUCUAUUGCAGUGGGCAUGAUAAUUGAAAUUGUAGUUCAAUAUCCAAUUCAGCAUCGGCCAUAUAGACCUGGAAUUGAUAAUCUAUUAGUGCUUCUAAUUGGUGGGAUUCCAAUAGCAAUGCCCACUGUUCUUUCUGUGACUAUGGCCAUUGGUUCCCAUCGCCUUGCUCAACAGGGUGCUAUUACAAAAAGGAUGACUGCUAUUGAGGAAAUGGCUGGGAUGGAUGUGCUGUGCAGUGAUAAAACGGGAACAUUAACACUUAACAGGCUUACUGUGGACAAGAAUCUGAUUGAGGUAUUUGCAAAAGGAGUUGAUAAGGAUACAGUGGUUUUGAUGGCUGCCAGAGCAUCCAGAACAGAAAACCAAGAUGCCAUCGAUGCAGCUAUUGUUGGGAUUCUUGCUGAUCCGAAAGAGGCAAGGGCAGGCAUUCAAGAGGUUCAUUUUCUUCCUUUCAACCCAACUGACAAACGGACAGCACUCACUUACAUUGAUGGUCAAGGCAAAAUGCAUAGAGUUAGCAAAGGUGCACCUGAGCAGAUCCUCAACCUGGCACACAACAAACCAGAAAUUGAGCACAGAGUUCAUACUAUAAUUGAUAAGUUUGCUGAGCGUGGACUUCGAUCUCUUGCAGUUGCAUAUCAGGAAGUCCCUGACGGUAAGAAGGAAAGUCCAGGAGGACCCUGGCAGUUUGUUGGUCUUAUGCCCCUCUUUGAUCCUCCACGCCAUGAUAGUGCAGACACAAUCAGAAGGGCUCUUAACCUGGGUGUCAGUGUUAAAAUGAUUACAGGAGAUCAGCUAGCUAUAGCCAAGGAAACAGGGCGUCGAUUGGGUAUGGGUACAAAUAUGUACCCAUCUUCAUCUCUGCUAGGCCAGUCCAAAGAUGAAACAAUUGAAGCUUUACCAGUGGAUGAUUUGAUUGAAAAGGCUGAUGGUUUUGCUGGUGUCUUCCCUGAGCACAAAUAUGAGAUAGUGAGACGACUGCAAGCAAGAAAGCAUAUAUGUGGAAUGACAGGGGAUGGUGUAAAUGAUGCACCAGCACUUAAAAAGGCAGAUAUUGGAAUUGCUGUGGCAGAUGCUACUGAUGCAGCUCGGAGUGCUUCUGAUAUUGUUCUCACAGAGCCAGGACUAAGUGUUAUAAUCAGUGCUGUGUUAACGAGUCGUUCAAUCUUUCAACGAAUGAAGAAUUAUACUAUAUACGCUGUGUCCAUAACAAUACGUAUUGUGCUUGGUUUCAUGCUUCUGGCAUUGAUAUGGAAAUUUGACUUUCCACCAUUCAUGGUAUUGAUAAUCGCCAUAUUAAAUGAUGGGACUAUAAUGACCAUUUCCAAAGACAGGGUGAAACCAUCACCUCUGCCUGACAGCUGGAAACUUUCAGAGAUUUUUGCCACAGGGAUUAUCAUUGGCAGUUACCUAGCAAUGAUGACUGUCAUAUUCUUUUGGGCAGCCUUCAAGACAGAUUUCUUUCCAAGAACAUUUGGUGUUUCAAAUCUUCAUAUUCCUAGUGAAGAAAAUACUCGAAAAUUGAGUGCUGCAGUCUAUCUUCAAGUGAGCACUAUAAGCCAGGCUCUUAUAUUUGUGACAAGGUCUCGAACUUGGUCUUUUCUAGAGCGACCUGGCCUGUUGCUUCUAGGUGCAUUUUUCAUCGCUCAGCUGAUUGCAACAUUGAUUGCAGUUUAUGCAAACUGGGGAUUUGCUGCAAUAGAGGGCAUGGGGUGGGGCUGGGCUGGUGUUGUAUGGCUUUACAACAUAAUCUUCUACUUCCCACUAGAUCUUAUCAAGUUUGCAAUUAGAUAUGCCAUCAGUGGAAAGGCUUGGGAUUUGCUUAUUGAGCAAAGAAUUGCCUUCACCACCCAAAAGGAUUUUGGCAAAGAAGCCAGAGAAAUAAAAUGGGCCCAUGCUCAAAGGACUUUGCAUGGAUUGCAGCCUCCAGAUACUAAAAUGUUUGGUGACAGGAACAGCUUCAGAGAGCUCAAUCAGAUGGCUGAAGAGGCAAAAAGACGUGCUGAGAUUGCAAGGUUGAGAGAAUUACAUACUCUGAAAGGGCAUGUUGAGUCUGUUGUAAAGCUCAAGGGAUUGGAUAUUGAAACAAUUCAGCAAUCUUACACUGUUUGAGAGAUGCCGGUUCUACCUUAGUCUGCUACAGCCUACACUGUAUUACUAUGUUAGCAACAUUUGGGUACCCACCCCUACAUAACAAAUGUUUUUAGCCCAAGUGGAGAAGUUAGAAAAUAGUGAAAAUUAUAUCUAGUCGUACAGAGUUUUAUGUUAUUUUCCUUGAGAGGACAUAAUCAACGAUGUAUAUGAAAUCUUUGCUUUUCAUUAAUAAGAAGCUAAAUGAUUUUCA